AUGCAGCUGCAACACUCUCUUGUCCUUCUCGGCGCCGUACUUGGCGAAUUGGGUCUUGCCAUCCCGGUGGAGGAUAGUCCUCGUCAGCGCCUGUUAGAUGGUAAACCGUUGCCUGGAAAAUAUAGAAACGAGAAGAGCCCAUACACGCCGGGCUUUAAGGACCCUCUCGAUAGGCCCGUCGACACAGUUGGGGACGAGUUGGACCCAUUGCCUUACCGUAAUGGUCACGGCGCAUCCGUCCUCGGGCCCUGGAAUUGGGAACGCUCCCGACAGAAUCCCGACCUAGUGAGGCCGCCAAGCACUGACCAUGGGGACAUGAAGAACCUGCGCUGGAGUUUCGCUGAUUCGCAUGUGCGCAUUGAGGAAGGCGGAUGGACCCGACAGACGACCGUCCGAGAGCUCGGUGCUAGUGUCGAGCUGGCCAGCGUCAACAUGCGCCUCGAUGAGGGCGUGAUUCGUGAAUUGCACUGGCACAAGGAGGCUGAAUGGGCUUAUGUCUUAGACGGCGAAGUUCGCAUCACUGCAAUCGAUUACGAGGGCGGCAAUUUCAUUGAUGAUCUGAAAAAGGGUGACCUGUGGUACUUCCCUAGCGGUGUGCCCCACUCACUCCAAGGCCUGAGUCCCAAUGGAACCGAAUUUCUGCUCGUCUUCGACGAUGGCGGUUUUUCGGAGGAAUCUACAUUUAUCCUCACGGAUUGGCUUGCACAUACACCUAAGUCUGUCAUCUCGAAGAACUUCAACUUGGCCCCCGAGGUCUUCGCACAUAUCCCCGACAGUGAGAAGUAUAUCUUCCAGGGAACUACGCCCGGUUCGAUCAACGAAGAAGAGCCUACCGGCAAAAACAUCAAGAAGUCCAAGUACAACUUCUCGCACCGUUUCCUUGAGCAGGAGCCAAAGAAGACCAGUGGCGGAGAGGUCCGUAUUGCUGAUUCAAAGAACUUCCCCAUUUCCAAGACUGUGGCCGCUGCCCACGUUACAAUUGAGCCCGGUGCUAUUCGCGAGAUGCAUUGGCACCCAAAUGCCGAUGAAUGGUCUUUCUUCAUCAAGGGUCGUGCGCGUGUCACUGUCUUCGGCUCGUCAGGCACUGCCCGCACAUUCAACUAUCUCCCCGGCGACGUGGGCAUUGUGCCUCAGAACAUGGGUCAUUUCGUUGAGAAUAUCGGCGAUGAGCCCAUUGAGAUGCUCGAGGUUUUCAAGGCGGAUGAGUUCCGUGACUUCUCUCUUUUCCAGUGGAUGGGCGAGACCCCCAAGAAAAUGGUUAUUGAUCACCUGUUCGCUGAGGAUCCUAAGAAUGGUGAAGUCUUCUGGGACAAGGUAAAGAGUGCCGCUAAGGAUGAGGUCACGCAACCUGAUUCCGAUCUAUUUUCACACAAGAAAAUCUCGAGCGAGCUCAAGUAA